AUGUCGAAAGUUGUCGCUGUCCCAAUGGUGUUACUCCUGCUCCUGUUGUCCCUGGUCAACGCCCAGUCCGUUAAAACUGUCGUGUCCACUUCCUGUGGAACAAUUCCAAGCCCAACCCUCGAGACCACCCCAAUUACCACCCAAACAAGAACAGUCACUUCAAAUGGGCAAACCUUCAUUGGCGUCACUGAAGUGUACCAGUCGAUAACCUAUGUCGAGGAUUGUACCACGCUCGAAGACGAAGAACACACCUCGACGCUGCUCAUCUGGUGA